AUGGCAAAGAAUGUGGGAAUUCUCGCUGUGGAUAUUUACUUCCCUCCUACCUGUGUUCAACAGGAAGCCCUAGAGGCCCAUGAUGGUGCAAGCAAAGGUAAAUACACUAUUGGACUUGGGCAAGAUUGCAUGGGAUUUUGUACAGAAGUGGAAGAUGUUAUCUCAAUGAGUUUGACAGUUGUUAGUUCCCUUCUUGAGAAGUACAAUGUUGAUCCAAAGCAAAUUGGUCGCCUAGAAGUUGGCAGUGAGACCGUUAUUGACAAGAGCAAAUCCAUUAAGACCUUUUUGAUGCAAAUCUUUGAGAAAUGUGGAAACACUGACAUUGAAGGCGUUGACUCGACGAAUGCAUGCUAUGGAGGAACUGCCGCUUUAUUCAACUGUGUCAAUUGGGUCGAGAGUAGCUCAUGGGAUGGACGCUAUGGGCUUGUUGUGUGUACUGAUAGUGCGGUCUAUGCAGAAGGACCUGCCCGACCUACUGGAGGAGCUGCUGCGAUUGCCAUGCUAAUUGGCCCAGAUGCACCUAUUGCUUUUGAAAGCAAAUUUAGGGGGAGCCAUAUGUCUCAUGCCUAUGAUUUCUACAAGCCCAACCUUGCUAGUGAAUAUCCGGUUGUGGAUGGCAAGCUUUCUCAAACAUGCUACCUUAUGGCCCUUGAUUCAUGCUACAAACAAUUAUGUGCCAAGUAUGAGAAAUCAACAGGCAAACAAUUCUCUCUUUCUGAUGCUGCCUAUUUUGUAUUCCAUUCUCCUUAUAACAAGCUUGUACAGAAAAGCUUUGCUCGUUUGGUGUUCAAUGACUCUCUGAGGAAUGCCAGCUCUAUUGAUGAGGCUGCUAAAGAGAAACUGGCACCAUUUUCAACUUUAUCUGGUGAUGAAAGCUAUCAGAGCCGGGAUCUUGAGAAGGUAUCCCAACAAGUUGCAAAGCCUCUUUAUGAUGCAAAGGUGCAACCAACCACUUUGAUACCCAAGCAAGUUGGCAACAUGUAUACUGCAUCUCUCUAUGCAGCAUUUGCAUCCCUUCUUCACAAUAAAAACAGUGAAUUGGCGGGCAAGCGGGUUAUAUUGUUCUCAUAUGGAAGUGGUUUGACAGCCACAAUGUUCUCAUUGCAACUAAAUGAGGGUCAACAUCCGUUUAGCUUGUCAAACAUUGCAACUGUGAUGAAGGUUUCAACGAAGUUGAAGUCAAGGCAUGAGUUUUCUCCAGAGAAAUUUGUUGAAACUAUGCACCUAAUGGAGCACAGGUACGGAGCCAAGGACUAUAUCACAAGCAAGGAUUGUAGCCUUUUGGCCCCAGGAACAUUCUAUCUUACAGAAGUCGACUCCAUGUACCGAAGAUUUUAUGCCAAGAAGCCCGUUGAUGGUGCUUGUGAGAAUGGUUCCCUUCCUAAUGGUCACUGA